AUGUACAACGCGCAUCGUGGAAUGGUUCCUGCUCCCAACUCUCGCCUGUCCGAGUUGUUGGAGCAGCUGCGCCAGGAAUUUGACAACCAGUCUCGGAGCACUGGGGAAUUUGAACACCAGCUGACUGGUCAGCUUCAAGAAAUGGAGAUGAUUAGGCAAAAGGUCUACCAGCUCGAGCAAACGCAAAUCAAAAUGAAGACCGACUACGAGAACGAAAUCCGAGUCUUGCGCCAUGAGCUCGAAUCGCGUGGGGUACAAACAGUGCCCUCGCAUGUGGGCGGCCCUCCUCAUGCAGGGCCGUCUCAAGCCCCACCAGCCCUUGGACACGGUACGAAUAACCUCUUUGGCGGGAUUAUGGCCAAUCAAGGAGGCAGCGGUCCUGGACUUGCUCCUCCCCCGCCCCAGGAUCAACAACCGCCGCAGCAUGGUCUUCAACAGCCGGCUCCAGCGGCACAGCAGGGACCACCGCAGCCCCCGAGCUCCUAUGGAGCUUACCAGCCAGGUGCUGCAGUAAACGGCUAUGGCCCUCCGCCACCUCCCACCGCCUCGCCUGGUCCUGGAAAGGGCCGGGGUAGGCCUCCUCCCGGACCUGCUACUCCCCAGCAAACGCAUCAACUUGCAUACCCGGCUCCCGGCGCCUCUCCCCAGAUUCCCCGCCCAACACCACCUGGUCAGGCCCUCGUUCGGGAACGACCUGGCAACACGUUAGCCAACUGGAAUCCAGAUGACCUGCCGGCCACACAAAAACGGGAAGGACCCGACUGGUAUGCAGUCUUCAACCCUGAGGUCCAACGAGUCUUGGACGUCGAGCUGGUCCACCAUCUGGUGCACGACAGCGUGGUCUGCUGCGUUCGAUUCAGUCGCGACGGAAAAUAUGUUGCCACAGGCUGCAACCGAUCGGCUCAGAUCUUUGAUGUGGCUACUGGUCAGAAUGUAGCAACGCUCCAAGAUGAGAGCGUUGACAAGGACGGAGAUCUGUACAUUCGCAGUGUCUGCUUCAGCCCAGAUGGCAAGUAUCUUGCUACUGGUGCCGAAGACAAGCAGAUCAGGGUCUGGGAUAUUGCCACCCGUUCGAUCAAACAUGUCUUUAGCGGACAUGAACAAGAUAUUUACUCGCUCGACUUUGCCGGAAAUGGACGGUAUAUCGCCUCGGGUAGCGGUGACAAGACAGUGCGGUUGUGGGAUGUCUUGGAAGGUAAACUUGUUUACACACUUAGCAUCGAAGAUGGAGUCACCACGGUUGCAAUGUCUCCAGACGGUCAUUAUGUGGCUGCUGGCUCUCUUGACAAGAGUGUGCGCGUGUGGGACACGACCACCGGAUACCUUGUCGAGAGGCUGGAGAACCCUGACGGCCACAAGGACAGUGUGUACUCGGUUGCUUUUGCACCCAACGGCCGUGACCUUGUCAGCGGUAGCUUGGAUAAGACAAUUAAGAUGUGGGAGCUGACAGCACCGCGGGGUAUGCUGCCUGGAACCGGUGUCAAGGGAGGCAAGUGCGUGCGCACAUUUGAAGGACACAAGGAUUUCGUCCUGAGUGUUUGCUUGACGCCUGACGGACACUGGGUUAUGAGUGGAUCCAAGGACCGCGGAGUUCAGUUCUGGGAUCCUAACACUGGUAACGCACAGAUGAUGCUGCAGGGUCACAAGAACUCUGUGAUCUCGGUUGCCCCCAGUCCAACUAACAACCUGUUCGCAACGGGUAGCGGAGACAUGCGGGCGAGGAUUUGGAGGUAUGUGGAAUUCCUGCCAUGA